ACUGACGUAAUUCAUGGCUUCAUUAAUGCAAAUUAAUUUCGAGGUGUUGGACGAGUUCAGCAGAGUCCUGAAGGUCUUGGUCUGAAAGUGUUGACUGUUUUCUCUAUUCUUACUGUGUUCCCACUGCAUCCCAUGCACAUUAAUCAUGGUUUCAAUGGGUAAUUGGCGGGUUUUAUCCAGAACAAUGUACAAGAAUACUUGUCUCCCGGAUUUCCAGCAUCUGUUACUGUAUCUUCUGUUAUCCGGCGGACUGUUUGAUUGGCAGGCAUGAUGACCAAUCGAAUGAGGAGAGUCUCAUACAGUUGAACCAAUCGGGGCUAAACCAGAGGGGGACGGGCGGUACGCCAAAAUAGCGGCAACCAAUCAGAGCCUCAGUGUGUUGGGUCCAUGACAGCAGCGGACCAAUGGGCGCGGCCACAGCGGGACUGUACCCUCCCCUUUCUGGAAGCAUUCUUCCCGCGCAUGCGGCUUGUAGGGGAAAACAAAACGAAACGGUGAUGGCGGCGGCCCACACGACGAUGGCGACCAGUGUUGUGGUGAAGACCGAGGAGAUGGAGAUGGAGUCCGCGCCCGAACUCUGCCGCAAGCCGGCGGUGGAAGUGAAGAAGGAGCCGGGCGUUGCCGAGGACGCGGAGGGGCCGCGAGUGCGGCCGGGUCCGGAGCCUCCCGAGACUUCGCCCCCCAGCAGUGGCGGGCGGCAUUGCGGAGGGGGAGCGGCGGCCGGAAGGGAGCAGGAGGUGUCGGUGGAGAUCGGCGAGACCUACUUGUGCCGCCGGGCUGACAACAGUUGGCAUUCGGCAGAAGUUAUCCAGUCUCGGCUGAACGAGCAGCAGAAUCGUGAAGAGUUUUACGUUCACUAUGUGGGCUUCAACCGGCGGCUGGACGAGUGGGUGGAUAAGAACCGGCUGGCCCUGACGAAGACAGUGAAGGAGGCAGUGCAGAAGACCAGUGACCAGUACAUGAGCGAGCUCUCUGAACAGCCAGAACGCAAGAUCACCCGCAAUCAGAAACGCAAGCACGACGAGAUCAACCAUAUUCAGAAGACGUACGCAGAGAUGGACCCAACCACGGCAGCACUGGAGAAGGAACACGAGGCGAUCACCAAAGUGAAGUACGUGGACAAGAUCCAGAUUGGACACUACGAGAUCGACGCCUGGUACUUCUCGCCCUUUCCUGAUGACUACGGCAAGCAGCCCAAGCUGUGGGUUUGCGAGUUCUGCCUGAAGUACAUGAAGUUUGAAAAGACCUAUCGUUACCACCUGGCCCAGUGCCAGUGGCGUCAGCCCCCUGGAAAGGAAAUCUACCGUAAGACCAACAUCUCUGUCUACGAGGUUGAUGGUCGAGACCACAAGAUCUACUGUCAGAACCUUUGCCUGCUGGCCAAGCUCUUCCUUGACCACAAGACCCUCUACUUCGACGUGGAGCCAUUUGUCUUCUACAUCUUGACGGAGGUCGACCGGCAGGGAGCCCACAUAGUCGGCUACUUUUCCAAGGAGAAGGAAUCUCCAGAUGGCAAUAAUGUCGCUUGCAUCCUAACCUUGCCGCCAUACCAAAGGAGGGGCUAUGGCAAGUUCCUCAUCGCCUUCAGUUAUGAGCUGUCGAAGCUGGAGAGCACGGUGGGCUCACCAGAGAAGCCGCUGUCUGACCUGGGGAAGCUGAGCUACCGCAGCUAUUGGUCAUGGGUCCUGCUGGAGAUUCUCCGUGACUUCCGAGGCACCCUCUCCAUCAGAGACCUCAGCCAAAUGACCAGCAUCACCCAGAAUGACAUCAUCAGCACACUACAGUCACUCAACAUGGUGAAGUACUGGAAGGGUCAGCACGUCAUCUGUGUCACCCCAAAACUGGUGGAGGAGCACCUCAAGAGUGCCCAGUACAAGAAGCCCCCCAUCACAGUUGACUCCAUUUGCCUCAGGUGGGCCCCUCCCAAGUACAAACAGCUGAAGUUGUCCAAGAAGUGAAGAGGGGAUGGAUGGCAAGGAUAUUGUUGGGCAGUGGAGCUCAGUGGUAAUGGACAGGGAUCCUCGACCCUCCGUGGUCCGUCUGUUGGGAGCAUCUGCUUGACCUUUGAUCUCAGCACACCAUGUGAGCGAGUCUCUGCAAUUGUGGGUGUGAGUGUGUAAGAGCAUUUAUGUCUCAGUGUGUAAAUAAUCUCUCCUGGUCUCGCUGUAAUACCUGCACUUCUCAAUAAUAAACUUAUAUUUUGUA